CUUGACGUCUAAAGCGGCAAACUUACCCUUCUUGAAUUCUGUCCUCCAAAGUUUCUAAAAUCCGUUUUUCCAACUCGCAAGAUUUUUUCAUAAUUUUAUCUUCCAAUUCUUUUUUUAAAUUGGCAGUAUUUUCCAAAAACUUCUCUUCUAAUUUGGCUGUACUUUCGUGUAACUCCAAGAGUUUUCCUUCUAGGUUGGCACAAUUCUCCAUGAGCUUUCCUUUUAGGUUGGCACAAUUUUCCACGAGCUUGUUUUCUAACUUUGUCGAAAGGUUUUGCAGCAUUGAACCAAUAUCCCCUGACCCGGUGAAAAUUAGAAUAUCCGGGUCCUCACCUUCCUCAAUCAGUGCUUGGCGAAGCCGCUCCUGUAAUUCUGCUUUCUUGCCAACCGUGUCGAACUCUCUUUCCUCCAGCUCUCUCUUUAAAUCAACCAAUCGCGCCAUUCUUCCUUCACUGAUCGUCCGAUUUAUUUUCACUAAAUGUCCAAUAAUCCACACUCCAAAGCUGACACCAAUGUAGCGUUUUUCUGGGUUCUUUUGGGUGUGGAUUAAAACAGUGGUUUCCACAAAAAGAAAUGCACUGAUUUAUUUAACUUGAUGGCUUGCGGCUUGUGCGGUCGUGGUUCGCGUGAAAGCAGAGAUCGGUCAUGAAGCUCUGGCGAGU